AUGGCUUUGAGAAGUGGCCAAGUGGAUUCAAACAUGGUGUACCAUCAUCGCCAGAAUACACCAAUGAGAGCUCCGCCAACAGCAUUGAUGAGGAAAUUAUCCAAAAGUGCUGAAACUUUAGUUGCGACGACAAGAUGUGGAAAAGAACUGAAGGCUCGCAAGGUUCGGAGCACGGAACAAGCUGAAGGAAAUCUGGUGAAGGGGUCAAGUUCGGGAGGUCUACCUACGUUGGUGAAGUGGGAAGACAGCGACAGUCUGAAGAGUAGAUCAAGGAACGGCAGUGGCAGCAGUAGAGCGGGGAGUCUGGACCGAAGCACCCAGGGCUCCAACAGCGCCCUCAACUCAGAUGAAGACAACAUUAAUGUUGUUGUCAGAGUUCGUCCAGUUAAUGACAAGGAGAGGUCUAUUCGUGAACAAAACAUGUUGGAGUUCCCCGGCAAGGGUCAAAUCGUGUGUCAAGGGUCAGCCCCCGGACAGAAACCUAAAGUAUUCUCAUACAACGUCGUCUUUGAGCCAGCCGCUACACAAGAGGACGUAUUAGAGUAUUCGGGCAUCAAGCGUUUGUUGGAGAUGGCAGUGGAAGGAUUCUCCUGCACGGCCUUCUGUUACGGACAGACCGGGAGUGGCAAGACGCACACACUCACGGGACCUCCGGGACUUGUGGAGAGCGGCGCCAGUCCCUUCGCCGCGGAGCACGGGCUCGUGGUGCGUUCGUUCGUGUAUCUCUUCCAGCUUCUAAGAGAUCAUCCUGAUUGCCACUUCGUGCUCAAGGCUUCCUUUCUUGAGAUAUAUAAUGAAAAGGUAAUAGAUCUACUGAACCCAGGUACGUCGAAAAAGCCCUUACAAGUCCGAUGGUCCAAAGACAGUCGGAGUUUCUACGUGGAAAACCUUUUUACAGUUGACUGUGAGCAGUUGGAUGACCUGUUCGCUGUUUUAGAGGAAGGUAUGCGUAACCGUUCUGUGGGUAGUCACUCAAUGAAUGCUCACUCAUCUCGCUCGCACACCGUGUUGAGUGUGCGAGUGAGGCGGGACGAGUGCUCCAGGGACGUGAGCUGCAGCACUCACGGGAAGAUCAACUUCGUGGACCUGGCGGGCAGUGAGAUGACGAAACGAACGAACAGCACCGGCAAGACGCUCGAGGAGGCGAACAAUAUUAACAGGAGCUUGAUGGUCUUGGGAUACUGCAUAGCUCAACUUAGUGACGGAAGAAAGAAAGGUCAUAUACCGUACAGAGAUAGCAAACUAACAAAGCUACUGGCUGAUAGUUUAGCUGGGAAUGGAGUCACUUUAAUGAUCGCUUGUAUUUCACCGACGAAGUCAAAUUUCAGUGAAACAUUGAACACACUUCGUUACGCCGCUCGCGCUAAGAAGAUCAAGUCUAAACCGAUCGUUAAAAUGGAUGCUCGAGACGCCCUCAUCCUCAGCCUACAGCGGGAGGUACAAGUGUUGCAGGCAGAGAACAUGCACUUGAGAACAGCUCUACAUGUACACGGCGAUUAUGAAGGAGAUACUUAUAGUCGAAGAAACCGUGGCACGCCACAAGUGUCCACCAACAAGUUGUACACGCUGCCACAAACAGAACUUGUAGAGCUGGUUCAACUACAUAUGGAAGAAAACACAGCACUGAGACAAGAGAACACUGAACUAUUUGUGGUCAGAGACCAAUUACUGAGGGAACAGGAGUUACUGAGCAGAGAAAAUGAAAGGCUGUUGAAAAAACUAGAAGAUGUUAACUCUGUCUGCACCCGUUCACCAAUCAUACCAGCUCGGCCAGCAUAUUCUGAUGUUGGUUCCAAUGAUGCAAACAUUUGGACAAACCCAACGAGUUCAACUAGCAGUGUUAUAAGCAGUAACAGUUAA